UUUCCCCCGGGUGAGGGUGGCUAGGGAAAGGGAUUUGAGCGAGAGGCGGUGUCGCAAUUUAGGGCAAAAGGUUGAAAGAAUCUAUUCCGCCAGAAGCGGACCGUUGCUGGUGCUAUAUGGAACCAGGUUUGGAUAGUGGCAGUCACAGCCUGCUUGGAAUCUCUGUUAAAUUGUGCCCUCGUCUUUACCGCUUUCCCCAGCCUCUGCUUUGCAGUUCCAGCGUUGUAUAAAUAAUUGAAUAAGCACCAUUAUUUUUUGGACCUGACUGGUGUAUAAUUUCAGAAGAAAUAAUGGAAAACCAGGAAUUUAUUGUACUGUAUACUCAUCAAAAGAUGAAGAAGUCAAAAGUAUGGCAAGAUGGAAUUCUGAAGAUCACUCACUUAGGAAACAAAGCAAUUUUAUAUGAUGACAAAGGAGGAUGUUUGGAGAGUAUAUUUCUUAAGUGCCUUGAGGUGAAGCCUGGAGAUGACCUAGAAAGUGAUCGAUACUUAAUCACAGUUGAGGAGGUUAAAGUUGCUGGAAACAUAGCUGUUAAACAGGAUGUCAUUAAGGAAGCAUCAGAGUUAAAUCCAAGGAGAUUAAUAUCCUCUGGCCGGUCCCUUGGAUGUCAGCCUGCUGGUCUAAAAAGAAAGUUUACUGGUUUUCAAGGACCACGUCAAGUGCCAAAGAAAAUGAUUAUUACAGAAAAUGGUGAAUCCACAGAGUCACUUGAGGCUAAGAAACCUGGCCCUAUUUUUCUUUCUCCCUUCUAUAGCGCACCUCCUUUGUUUUCUACUGCUGGCAAGAAAGAUAUAAAUAAUAUGCCAAGAGACCCUGAGAACAGUGUCACUUACAAAGACAGAGAGACAAAUGGCUUACAUUUUUCUUCGGUUGUCUCUACUCCAUCCUUCAAGAAUAACCCAGAAAUGAAAUGUGAAGAAAAUUAUUUUUGCUCUCCUGUCUAUUCUGUAAAUAAGCAUUCAGAUUCUGGACUGACCAAUGAGAUCUUAAAAAAAGAUGGUUUGACCUCUCACUGUUUAGGAGUUUCACAAAACAUCAGAAGCAAAGCACAGAUAUUAGCUCUUCUGAAGUCCAAAUCAACUGGUACAUUUGAGGAACUAAAUUCUGGGACUACAGAACAUCUCCCUCAGAUACAACUACAAGGAAGUGUAAACAUUCCUAUUAAACCAAAGUGCAUAGUUGAACAAGAAAAGUGUGCUCAGACGAAAAGCACAGACAGUUCACACCACCAGCAUCAAUCAGAAAAUACCAUGAGAAAUAAAAGUCGAUGGGCCAUGUAUUUAUCCUCCCAGAGCUCACCUGUACAUUCUUCUACUGAAGAUGGAAAUAAUAUAGAAAGGAAACCAAAGGUCCAGGGAGACAAUACAAAUUUAGAUUUGAAAGACCUUUUGGUACAAGAGAGGAUACAGGUCUCUGAAACAUGUGCUGAAAAAGGUAAAAAGUAUAAUGAAGUCAAGCCAGUAGAUGAUAGUGAUCAGUCAUUGGAUCAGGAAGUAAAAUUGGAAAUUCCUUCAUUCUGUAAAAGCAACAGCUUACCAGUUACUUGUAGCAGUGUGGAGUGUGAUGGCUUAUUAUCAGAAUAUGACAUUAAAAAGAAUAAUAAGAUACCUGUUAGUCAAAAUGACAAGAUGUGUUUAAAAGGAUCAACUCUUGGUAGAGAAAAUGCUCAGGAGGUAAAGAAGUAUGAACGGCCAAUCUCAUUCCUGCCAGAAUCUGGACAUCUGCAAACUGAGUCUUCUAUAGCUAACAAUUCUAGGAUCUCUGAUGACUUUACCAAUGUGCUUUCUAAAAGUAAUACUGAUAAUGGAAAUCAUAACAGUAUUCCUGAACCUAUGAGUAAUGCAACACAGCCACUUGUGGAGGUGAGUUUUAAUCUGAACAAUUUUGAAACCAGCGACACUGAGGAGGAAUCACAGGAAGACAACAAAAUUUCCCAGGAUUCAGAGGGUUGGCUAAAGGAAACUUUGGUUAAUGACAGCAGUUCGAGUGUUCAGAAGAGAUGUGAAGAUACAAGCUGUAAGAAAGUUGGCAGUGAACAUUUGUCUCUUUUAACAUCUAUUGGGGAUAAACAUACAGAGACAUUUCCUAUUAAAGAGACUCUGCUGUCAGAGUUUUGUGAUAAAGCUUGCGUAGGUGUUGACAGAGAACCUUGGAAAACUGGAAACGUUAGAAAAGAAAUAGAAGAGUGUAGUGAUAUAUUAAGCAGUUUUGACUCAUCUUUAGAGGGGACUGAUGAUGUAUCUCUAGAUAAUAAUGAAAAUGCUAAUAAAUCUAUUCAAAAAGUCAGAAUUAACUAUGAUAAUGCUUCACUACAGAAUAAAUCUAAAGAUAUAAGCUCAAAUUUACAUAUUCCUUGUUUAAACAUAGCCACUGAUCAGACUCCUAAAAACAGCCCAUUCUCAGAACAGGCUGAGCCUGUUAUUAUGGGAAGUAACUUAGACAAAAAUGAUGAAUGGCUUUUACUGUCAACGUCAAGCAACGACAUAAGUAUCCAAGAAUUAAAUGUUAAUCAUAAUCACUCUGAAGAAUGUGUUGCUCUUGAUAAAUCAAGUACCCAAGUUUCUAAUUCUUUGUUUUACCCUCUGGGAAAAAAGCAUCCUAUUUCCAAAGAUAUGGAAGCAUAUAUUCCUGAAUCUGAAGAUUUGCGAAGGAUUAGAAGUUUAGACCAUGACCAUGUUGAAGUAGAAACUGAUGGAGAAAGCAAACAAUAUUGCAAUAGUCCUAGAAAUCCUUCAGAACUCUCUGGAUUAGUAAAUAACAUUUCCAUUUUAAAGUCAUUGUCUGAACACAGUACGGCUUUAGAAGGUUUGGAAAUAUUGAAAAAGAGAAGUAUUACCUUUAAACAACAAGGAACUCUGAGCCAGAUGACUGAUGAACCAGAUAACAAUCCUGAAGUUAGGAAACCAUUGACUGCAGGAAUUUUACAAGCUUUACCAAAGUUGCCUCAUCUGAACCAGGAUUCUCAACAGAUCAUAAAAGAAAAUGAAGUUGAACCAAGUGAACCACUUCAGUCUUGGCAGAUCUUUUCCUUGGGAGAUGAAGAGACUGCUUUUCUAAAUGUUAUCCCUAAACAAUUAGAGAGAAAAACCUGUGACCCUAAGUUCCCAGAUGAAGAAAACUUUCCAAAAGGAGGUAUUGGCUUUCAUAUUGAAGAUAAUUUUCAAGUGAGAGCUGAGUCUAAUAAGAACUCAAUUGAAAAUGACUUUAUUUUAGAUUUCUCUCCUAAAAAUUCAGAACGUUCAUAUCAUUAUUUGGAUUAUAAUUUUAAAUCAGCAGAGAAGACUUCAUGGGAAGGAAAUAAGGCGAUAUCACCAGAACAAAAGAUCUCUACAUUAAACCCUGUUUCUACUUUUACUUUGAACUCAAGAAAUGAAGACUUUGUGCUGGAAUUCUCUGAGGAGUCCCUGAAAGAAAGAACUUUACCUGUUAUCAAAAAAUCUAGUUCUCUGGAGAAUAAGAACUUUCAAAAGCUUCCAUUAGUAAGUAGAACCCGAGUUCCGCUUAUUACCUUGCCACCUGCUGAAAGGUCACCUGAUUUAGAUUCUUGUUCAUAUGUGAUCAACUGUGAUAGGCAAGAAUCUUCUGGUCCCCCCCCCAUAUUCAACUUGUGUGAAGAAUCAGGAGUUCGUUCUUUUAGCUUUGCACUUGAGGACCAAAGUGAAACUUCCUUCUUUAAAGAAUCUAGAGAAGUGACUCCAGGGGACAUUUUACUUCUCAAUAAUAUAUCUACUCAAAGCAAGUGGCUGAAAUAUCAGAACAUACCCCAGUGCAACUUGACUACUCCAAAUGGAGUCGAUAUGAAAGUAACAGAUGGCUUCUCUCCUGAGAUUAUUCCUGGGACGCGUUUUAGUGACACAGGUGAAAGACAGAAUGAUACUGUGAAUGAAAUCUCUUUAGACUCUAUGCAUUUGCAAAUGUUAAAAAGCAUGCUCCAUCAGCAGCAGCAGGAUUUUAGCAGUCAAGAUUUGGUUUCUAGAAAGAAAGCACUCUGUUUGAAUAUAAAGCAGACUUCCAAGAUUGAAAAUAUUCAAAACAUUUUAGGAGAGUCUGCCUGCUACAUCUACAGUGUAACAGAUUUACAGGAGAUAAAUGGCUCUGAGCUAUGCUUCCCAAGUGGACAGAAAAUAAAAUCUGCUUAUCUUCCCCAAAGGCAAAUUCAAAUACCAGCUGUUUUUCAGUCUCCUGCUCAUUAUAAGCAGAUUUUUACAUCUUGUCUCAUAGAACAUCUAAAUAUAUUGCUGUUUGGCUUGGCACAGAGGUUACACAAAGCUCUUUCAACAGUUGACAUAUCAUUUUACACAUCAUUAAAGGGAGAGAAACUGAAAAAUGUAGAAAGUAAUGUGCCAUUCUGCCAUCAUCAUCAACCUGCAAAACUUGUAAUGGUUAAAAAGGAUGGUCCAAAUAAGGGCCGUCUCUUUUAUACCUGUGAUGGACCCAAAGCUGAACAAUGUAAAUUUUUCAAGUGGCUUGAAGAAGUGACCCCAGGAUAUUUAACACAAGAAGACUCUCUACCUACUGUGGUUUUAAGUGAUAUAAAGAGUAUUGGCCUAUACUUAAGAAGUCAAAAGAUACCUCUCUUUGAGGAAUGCCAACUUUUGGUGAGAAAAGGAUUUGAUUUUCAAAGAAAACAGUAUGGCAAACUAAAGAAGUUUACUACUGUAAAUCCUGAAUUUUAUAGUGAACCUAAGAGCAAACUUUAUCUUAAGCUGAGUCGGAAGGAAAAUUCUUCAACUUAUAGCAAAAAUGAUCUUUGGGUGGUAUCAAAAACCCUGGACUUUGAAUUGGAUACUUUUAUUGCAUGUAGUGCUUUCUUUGGGCCAUCAUCUAUCAAUGAAGUGGAGCUUCUACCUUUGAAAGGUUAUUUCCCUUCUAACUGGCCCACUAAUGUGGUGGUCCAUGCAUUGUUGGUUUGUAAUGCUAGCACAGAGCUGACCACUUUGAAAAACAUUCAGGACAACUUUAAUCCAGCUACUCUACCUCUAACACAGUAUUUGUUAACAAUGUCUUCAUCAACUACAGUUAGCAACAAGAGAGUCAAUAAGAGAAAUUUUAUCCCACCAGCCUUCUCAAACGUCAGCACAAAAUUUGAACUUCUCAGCCUAGAAGCAACAUUGAGGUUAGCUAGUGAAUUAAUUCAGGCACACAAUUUAAAUAAGGAUCAAGCUACAGCUUUAAUUCAGAUAGCUCAAAUGAUGGCAUCCCAUGAAAAUGUUGAAGAAGUGAAGGAACUGCAAAUCCAUACCCUCCCUAUCACGAUUAUACAUGGUGUUUUUGGAGCAGGAAAGAGUUAUUUGCUGGCAGUGGUGAUUUUGUUUCUUGUACAGCUGUUUGAAAAGAGUGAAGUUCCUACAGGUGGAAAUGCAAGACCAUGGAAACUUCUCAUUUCUUCUUCCACUAAUGUAGCUGUGGACAGAGUACUUCUUGGGCUUCUCAGUCUUGGCUUUGAAAAGUUUGUCAGAGUUGGGAGUGUCAGGAAGAUUACCAAGCCAGUUUUACCUUAUAGUUUGCAUGCUGGCUCAGAAAGUGAAAAUGAACAACUGAAAGAACUACAUGCACUAAUGAAAGAAGACUUGACUCCUCUGGAAAGGGUCUAUGUCAGAAAAAGUAUUGAACAGCAUAAACUGGGGACCAAUAAAACCCUGCUGAAGCAGGUACGAGUAGUUGGAAUUACCUGUGCAGCCUGCCCAUUCCCAUGCAUGAAUGAUCUUAAAUUUCCUGUAGUUGUGCUGGAUGAGUGUAGUCAAAUAACUGAACCGGCCUCUCUCCUUCCUAUUGCAAGGUUUGAGUGUGAAAAGCUGAUUCUUGUUGGAGAUCCCAAACAGCUUCCUCCUACUAUUCAGGGUUCUGAUGCAGCUCAUGAAAAAGGAUUGGAACAAACUCUUUUUGAUCGGCUUUGCUUAAUGGGGCAUAAGCCAGUUCUGUUGAGAACCCAAUACCGUUGUCACCCUGUGAUCAGUGCUAUCUCUAAUGAUCUGUUUUAUGAAGGAAACCUCAUGAAUGGCAUUUCAGAAACAGAGAGGAGCCCUUUAUUGGAAUGGCUCCCAACCCUGUGUUUCUAUAACGUUAAAGGACUGGAACAGAUUGAAAGAGAUAACAGCUUUCAUAAUGUGGCAGAAGCUGCUUUUACACUCAAACUGAUUCAAUCACUGAUUGCAAGUGGAAUAGUGGGCUCUAUGAUUGGGGUGAUAACAUUAUACAAAUCCCAGAUGUACAAGCUUUGUCAUUUACUCAGUGCUACGGACUUUGACCAUCCUGAUAUUAAAGCUGUGCAGGUAUCCACAGUAGAUGCUUUUCAGGGAGCUGAAAAGGAGAUCAUUAUUCUGUCCUGUGUAAGGACAAGACAAGUAGGAUUUAUUGAUUCAGAAAAAAGAAUGAAUGUUGCAUUGACCAGAGGAAGGAGGCAUUUAUUGAUCGUGGGAAAUUUAGCCUGUUUACGGAAAAAUCGACUCUGGGGACGUGUUAUCCAACACUGUGAAGGAAGGGAAGAUGGAUUACAACAUGCAAGCCAGUAUGAAUCACAGCUGAACCAUCUUCUUAAAGAUUAUUUUGAAAAACAAGCAGAAGAAAAACAGAAGAAAAAGAAUGAAAAAGAUAAAUCUAAAGAUAAAUCUCAUUCAUAAAAAGACAUGGUAUAGAUAAUUUGUAUUUAUAUGAAUUCCAAAUUCAUUUUACACUAUAUAGUUUUUAUAUUUUUUAAUUAUCCUAAAACCUUGUUAUCAAAAACUAUUUAAAGUAUUUAAAUAACAUUAAAUAACCACAUGUAAAAAAAUACAUAUAUUUAGAUAGGCAGAUGUUGAAGGUAAUAUAAAAUCUUACUAAUAAAAAGACAUUUCUUUCUAAAAUUAUGGCUUCUGUCUGCUAAAGGAAUAGAUUUUAUAGAGGACAUAGAAAAGGCUUCCUGGGGAAUACCAGUAUUACUUCAAAAAUAAGUAAAUAUCUCAACACCUGAUAUUAGCCAAAAGGCCGAGAAGCGAUUAAAAAAAUAAAUAUCUCAAAAACUCAUCUAUUAGAACAUGGCUACACA